CUCGACUUAUCUAAUUCGCGAAUUCUUUCCAGCUCUAAAAGGAAAAUAACCUGAAUAUUCACCAGAAAAAUUAUUAUGAAAUCACAUGAGUAGUUUUAAAUUAAUGAAGUGUUUACUCAACACGUUGUCUACUUUAAAAAGAAAUUUUGGUGUGAAAGAUAUGACCGAUUCAGUCAAUAAAACGUGCAAAUGCUCAGAAACAAACACAAAACCUAAAUUAAAGAUCCUCGCAAUUCAUGGAUACCGCCAAAAUGCAGAAACUUUUAAACAAAAAACCGGGUCUUUUAGAAAAAUGGUACAUAAAUGGGCUGAAUUCACCUACAUUACUGCACCUCAUAAAGUUACUCUAAUUGAUGACCUUAAUCAAACAGAUGAUAUCAAUAUUGGCCAAAGUCAAGAUGAGGAACAGUAUGGAUGGUUUUUCAAUCGAGAUGAUCAUACGUUCAGAGGAAUACGAAAAGGGGGACCCGCGAUUGGAUUUGCAGACAGUGUAAAGUUUGUAGAAGAGGUUUUUGAGAAAGAAGGCCCUUUUGAUGGAAUUUUGGGCUUUUCCCAAGGAGCUUGUUUUGUAGGGCUUUUGUGCGAUUUGCAGCAAAGACACUUAACAAAAUGUAAGUUUAAUUUCGCGAUUAUGGCGUCUGGUUUCAAGUCAGGUUGUUUACCUCAUUUAAAAUAUUUUAUUGAAACUAUUACAUUGCCAAGUCUACAUGUAUAUGGAGAAAGUGAUAAAAUCAUUCCUACUGAAAUGAGUGGAACGCUAAGUGAGGCUUUUCUUGAACCAAGGAUUGUAAAACACCCUGGUGGUCAUUAUCUUCCCGCGACAGCUGCACAGAAACAUGCCUAUCAGAGUUUUUUCAGAGAUCAAUAUUUACGUGAAGACGAUGUAGAUGAUGAAACAAUUGUUUUCUAGGAUUAAUUAAUAAAAAUAAAUAAUUGGCCUUA